AUGGCUGCUGUCCAUGACAAAAAGAUUUUCGAUCUUUCAAAAGUAUUAGAAUUCUUGACUGUCAAGAGAGGAUUUGAUGAUUAUCAAUAUCCUGUACUUGCCGACCGCGGCUAUAUUGGGAUCCAGAAAUAUCAUCUUACUGCUGUGCUAAUGAAGAGAAGCCACGAAGAAGCAGAUGUUGAUCGCAACAAUGCAAUUGCUCAAGACAGACAGGUUGUCGAGCGUUUCUUUCCACGUUUCAAGUCAUGCUGGUCCUGUGUGAAGAAUGGUUUUCGAGGCGAGCGCACAUCACUCCCUCUCAUUAUAUCAGGCCUAGUUGGUUUGACAAAUUAUAAUAUUGAUGGUUCACCACUGCAUGAUAAUGAAAAGUUACUCCUUUUUGAAGACUUUACACCAACAAAGGUUCUUCCUUCAAGUGAUACCGUCGCUGCUGUUGUUGCACCAUCCAUGAAGCCAUCAAAGAGGAACAUCAUUGCUGUAGCUCAUCAAGCUGUUGAUAUCAUACAGUAA